CUUAAAAAGCAACAAAAAUAAUAAUAUAAGAAUCAGCACAUCAACAUAACGUCUCGUCGCAUUUGGAAAAUGAAAAGUCACAACAAAUAUGCAAAAUUACCCCAAGAUUUAGAUUUAAGUUUCCAAGAACAAUUGGAUGUGGAUGCAGGCGCUUCUGAUGAUUUCAAUUUAGCCGCGGGCAUUGGUUUGGCAGACGAUACGGACGACGAAGAACGUGUCGCAACUACUGGCACAACGGCUGAGGGUCACGCUUUCGACGACGAAGAGGACGAAAUUGUAAUAGCAACAGCUGCAGGCGGCGGUAGUGUAGGAACACGCGCGGAUGUUGGUAGCGGCGGGACAGCAAGUGUGCGUGUAAACUCGUCAGCGACUGGGGGCGACAAAAAAGUACGAGGCGGUGUUGCCGUUUGUUUGGGCAGUGAUAGUUUAAUCGAGACGGGUUCAACCCUAACGCCCGAAAUGUUGCUGACAACGUCCGAGUCAUCGACGUACAGCGCCUCCGAAGUAGCUGGCCGUCUACAGGUCGACAUACGCACCGGGCUCAAAUGGACCGAGGCUAAAUAUCGUUCGAAAAUUAUCGGUCACAAUGAGUUGAAUGUGAAUGAAGAAGAACCCACAUGGAAGAAAUAUAUUGAACAGUUUAAGAAUCCGCUUAUACUGUUGCUGCUGGGAAGUGCGCUGGUUUCAGUGAUAAUGAAACAGUACGACGAUGCUGUCAGCAUAACGAUAGCCAUCAUCAUAGUGGUAACAGUCGCCUUCAUACAAGAGUAUCGCUCGGAGAAAAGCUUAGAGGAGUUGAAGAAGCUGGUGCCACCUGAGUGUCAUUGCUUGCGCGAAGGACAACUCGAUACGUUUUUGGCGCGUGAGCUAGUGCCCGGCGAUGUAGUAUACUUGAAUGUAGGCGAUCGCGUGCCCGCUGAUGUGCGACUCUUUGAAGCGAUUGAUCUGUCGAUUGAUGAGUCGAGUUUCACAGGCGAAACGGAGCCGGGACGCAAGAGCACCGAACUCAUAUUGAGUAGCGCAACCAACAAAGAUCACACAAAUAUGAAGAAUGUCGCUUUCAUGGGCACGCUGGUGCGUUGUGGCAAUGGCAAGGGCAUCGUAGUCAGCACUGGCGAGCGCAGCGAGUUCGGCGAGGUCUUCAAGAUGAUGCAAGCCGAGGAAGCGCCGAAAACACCGCUGCAGAAAUCUAUGGACAUACUCGGCGCACAAUUGAGUUUCUAUUCGUUCCUCAUCAUUGGUGUGAUUAUGCUGUUGGGCUGGCUACAAGGCAAACCACUAACCGAAAUGUUCAAUAUCAGCGUUUCGCUUGCAGUAGCAGCCAUACCCGAAGGCCUACCUAUUGUGGUCACUGUGACGCUGGCACUCGGAGUGAUGCGUAUGGCCAAGCGAAAUGCUAUCGUCAAGAAAUUGCCUACCGUGGAAACGCUCGGUUGCGUGAAUGUCAUUUGCUCGGACAAAACAGGUACUUUGACGAAAAACGAGAUGACAGCAACAAUCAUCAUCACAUCCGACGGCUACAUGGCCGACGUCACUGGCGCAGGCUACAACGACCAAGGCGAGAUACACAUACGCAAUUGCAACAACGUCGAAAUGGCCAAAUCUAAUAUCACCAACUUGCUUGAAAUAGGUGCGGUCUGCAACAAUGCUUACAUACAAAAUGGCACGCUGCUCGGUCAGCCCACAGAGGGUGCACUCAUCGCUGUUGCCAUGAAGAAUGGCAUGUACGCCACGGCGGAAAAUUAUGUGCGCAUACAGGAGUAUCCUUUCUCCUCUGAGCAGAAAAUGAUGGCUGUCAAGUGCAUACACAAAUACAAUAAUAACAAGGAGGAGAUUUUCUUUGCCAAAGGCGCAUUGGAAAUGCUUUUGCCACAAUGUACGAAAUACAUGUUUGGCACGCAGACUGUGCCAUUAACGAAGCAGAAUGAGGCGGAAUUCCUAGCGGAGGCAUACGAAAUCGGCCGAAAGGGUUUGCGUGUGUUGGCAUUGGCCAAAGGACGCAGCCUACAGGAUCUUAUUUACUGUGGUCUUGUGGGCAUCACCGAUCCGCCGAGGCCGUUGGUGCGCGAAUCCAUUGAGAUGUUGAUGCAGAGCGGCGUACGCGUUAAGAUGGUCACCGGCGAUGCACAGGAGACCGCUAUGGCUAUUGCGAAUCUCAUUGGAAUCGACACAAUUCAUCAGCAAACGCUCUCCGGUCAAGAAAUGGACCAACUGAAUGAACACCAACUGGAUAAGGUCGCCAAUAAUGUGAGUGUUUUCUACCGUGUCACACCGCGUCAUAAGCUUGCGAUCGUCAAAUCACUACAACGCACUGGAAAUAUUGUCGGCAUGACGGGCGAUGGUGUCAACGAUGGCGUGGCAUUGAAGAAGGCUGAUAUCGGCAUUGCUAUGGGUAAAAAUGGCACGGAUGUUUGCAAGGAGGCUGCUGAUAUGAUACUAGUUAACGAUGAUUUUCACACCAUCAUGUGA